GCCUCACCACCCGCUCUACACUCGCUGCGAAGCCUGUAUCCCUCCUCUUACCGCCACUGCCCUCUUUGGACCUCAGGUCACCGCUACCAAGAUCAACUCACUAGCCCUAUCCGCCGCUUGCUACUACGAUCACACCGGUCCGCCGAAUCAUAAAACGCACCAAGAGGGAUACUGUGAGUGGGCUCUCUUUGACCGUGGAUGAGCCCUUGGGGGCGAUGAAGAAUGCGAAGGGAGCAGGGUGGCGCGGUGCGGUGGCACAUGGUGCUUACAUCGGCCGCGCGCCACUCUCAAAAACCGAAGCGAGGCUGACCUGUUUUUUCUCAAUCUAACUUCCAUCUCCAACCAUUGCUCUACACCACAGUCGCAGAAAGAGUUCAUGCCUUCACGCACGCAAAAACCAAAUUACCGAUAUCACCAUCCCACCAAAGAAUUGGAUUUUCAUACCCGUUAAACUACAACUAAAAAGCUGACAAGAUGGCCACCGUUAACAUUCGACGAGAUGUCGAGGACAAGUUCUACCGUUACAAGAUGCCCCUUCUCCAGAUCAAGAUUGAGGGCCGAGGAAACGGUAUCAAGACUGUCAUUCCCAACAUGGAAGACAUUGCCCGCGCUUUGAACCGUCCCCCCAACUAUCCCACCAAGUUCUUCGGUUUCGAGCUCGGUGCCCAGACUACCAUGGCCAACGACCGCUACAUCGUCAACGGUGCGCACACUGCCGACCGUCUUCGAGAGCUCCUCGACUCGUUCAUCGUCAAGUACGUUCUCUGCCCCUCGUGCAAGAACCCCGAGACCGAGAUAUUUGUCACUGGAAAGUCUGGCCACGAGUCGAUGCACCGAGACUGCAAGGCCUGUGGUGCCCAGACUCCCAUGGAGAUGCGCCACAAGUUGUCCGCCUUCAUCGUCAAGAACCCUCCCAAGAAGAGCGGCAAGAAGGGCAAGAAGGCCGGUAUGACUGCUCAAGCCAACGUUGGUGGUCCCAUGGUCUUUGACAAGGCUGCCGAAGAGGACGGAAGCGACGACGAAGCUGGCUCGCCUGACGGCAAUGGCGUCCCUACCAAGGGCACCGAGAUUGAUGCUGUUCUCGGCCGUGCCGAUCCCAUCCUCGAAAACCCCGACGCUGCCGAGGAAGUGUCCAAGAAGCUCAACAAGCUCGACGUCGAUGACGACGAGGACGAGGACGCCGACUCUCCUUACUCUCAGCUUGGCGCCUGGCUCGAGGAGAACAAGACUGCCGACGAUGCUGCCAUCAUUGGUCAGAUCAAGGAGCUUGGGAUCGUCGGCAAGCACAAGGUGUUGGUCGAGAUCGGUCACCACCUCUUUACCGAUGAUGUCGGUACUGAAGUUGGCAAGCGUGAGCAGCUUCUCCAAGCUCUUGUAACUUCCGAGAAGCACCAAAAGUCCUUCCUUGGUGGCCUUGAGCGUCUCAUCGGCAACUCUCCCAACCUCGACUCUCUCCUUGCGGCUGGUGUCACCUCCAAGGUCCUCAUGGCGCUUUACCAAUCCGACAUCUUGGAUGAAGAGGUCGUCAAGUCCUGGGGCACCCAUGUCAGCAAGAAGUAUGUUGACAAGGAGAAGAGCAAGAAGGUCCGAAAGAAUGCGGACGCUUUCCUCAAGUGGCUCGACGAGGCUGAGGAGUCCGACAGUGAUGAGGAGUAGGACGCAAUGCGCGCAUAGCUUGUUGACACCGUUUGCCAGAAAUUAGUUGAUUGAAUGUAAACCACUAUCCGAAUCAA